AUAAUUGAUGCAGCCGCUAAGACGAGUUUCCACUACUAUAGCUACGAAACUACCCGCCAGCCACCGAUCCAGUGCAGUACGGUACAGACGAGUGGCUAAUGCGGCAAACCAACCGUCGAUCAAUUCUUUCGAGAUGUGCAGAUAGAUGGUAGAGAUGCAGUCACGUUUGAGACUAGUCUUGCUGUGUGUCAGGGUGCCUCUGCGAGGUGCCCUCUCUCGCUCUGGUCUGUGGAGAAAACUAUCACUGUUGGCUCUCCUCUGUGGUCUCUGCAUCGUAUUCUACCAUCACCACAUCACCUACUCUGCCAGUGGGAAGAUUACUGACUCACACAACGGGAAUUUCCUAGUCGCCGUGUCUAGUUUACAGAGUUUUACUGAGAUAUCCAGACAGUAUUCCGACAGUGUCAAGACUUCUACUCCCUCCAGAGGAGUUCAAACAGCCGACCAGAGAUCUGUGACUAGUUCAGCUACCUCAGCAACUGCUUUGGCACAACUGCAGCUUCCCCAUGUGUCCACGGCAGGCCACACUAGCCCCACCACAGCUGUGCUCACUCAUGGGUUUGACAAGUGAAAAAACGACAACCAAAACAAACCAAGAACGAAACAGUAGGGUUGUGAAGUCACGGGAAAAAUCGAGACAUUUUUCCGAGAAAGCCCAACCACCUCGUGUCCUGCUGCUGUACGGAACUGAUGGUUACCGACCAUCACACGAGAUUAAGACAUUUCUGGAGUCACACCGCAUCCCUCAUCGCACCACUAGCCUCGUCAAAGGUCAACUGUUGCUUGGCGAAAAAACCAACAGUAGUUCGUAUUCUCAACACCUCGGGGAAAUAUCGAUUCUCAUUAUAGUGUCGCAUUUCCAAGCCAGUCUGGUGGAGCCGUAUCUGGAGCUAUGUCGAGCAAGACAUCUCUCUCUGGUGUGGGCCGUGCUCCCAUACCCCCAUUCCCAGACUCCCAAACCACACUUUUCUCGCCUGCAUGCCAGCAGUGUGGCACCAGACGCCAUAGUUGGCAUGACUCUUAGUCCAAGGUACCCGUUCUUUUACGGCCGACCAGGUGCAACGGGUGGAGGAAUACCUCACGGGAAAAACUGGACUACGUUUUCCCUGGAAACAUCAGGUGAUAGUCACGUGACUAACCCUGGCAGUCACGUGACUAACUCAGGACCACUCCCAGUAGGUGAUCUCAAUGCAGCUAAUGCAUGGAGCAAUAUGGGGGACGGUGAACCUGGUACUAAGAAUGGAACCAAUGGCUACAGAGUUCUGGUUGAAGUUAGAGUGAAAACUGGGGAGACGGACUUCACCGAUGUCCCAGUUGUGUUAGAGGACAUGGGAGGAAGAGAUGGGGUGAGAAAGAUAGUCAUGGGAGCUCCAGUCAGGUUCUGGUUGAGUCACCUGAUGCUGCUAGAGAGUGUCCAUCAGUUGAGUGACGGGAGGCUGGUGAGGGAGGGGAGGGAGAGAAUGGUGAUGGUGGACAUCGACGAUAUCUUCCUGGCUCCAGAAGGGAGGAGGAUGAGAGUCGACGACGUUCAGGCCGUGCUGCGGGCCCAGGCUAAACUUCGUCAGAUGGUACCUGGUUUCACGUUCAACGCCGGCUUUGUCGGAGGAUACUACAACUCUGGGGCAUUAAUGGAGGAGAAACUGGGCAACCAGGAACUGGUACGGAAUGCGGAGCAGCUCUGGUGGUUUGACCACACCUACAAACACCACCAGCCACACAGUAUGAGUCCUCGUCAACUGCGGACCAGCAUGGAGCUGAACAGACAGUUUGCUAAGGACCAUGGUAUCCCAGCCUUAGUCCACCAUUACGCGGUAUCUCCCCACCACUCAGGAGUCUACCCAGUCCAUCCUCCUCUCUAUGACUCAUGGAGACAGAUAUGGAACGUCUCAGUGACGUCGACAGAGGAGUAUCCUGAUCUCAGACCUGACCACAUGAGACGAGGAUUCAAACACAGAGGAAUCAGUGUUCUCCCGCGGCAGACGUGUCGUCUGUUCACCCACACCUUCCUCUACUCCCACUUCCCUGGAGGCAGGAAUCAGCUCGUCUCCCUCGCAGCCGGAGGUGAAGUCUUCCUCACCCUCCUCCGAACCCCCGUGUCAAUAUUCAUGACCCACACUCCCAACUACUGCUGCGACAGGCUGGCUCUCACACUGUUCCCAGCUCUCUUCAAGUUCACCAGUCGCUGGACCCAGCUGCAGCUGAGCUACCCUGGUCCCCUAGCCAUGGCUGACAGAUACUUCUCCCUCUACCCUGAAGACACGUCCCCUCUCUGGACAUCACCAUGUUCCAACAAGCGUCACAGGGAAAUCUUGCCAGCGUGGUUCAACUGUUCUCAACUCCCACAACUUCUCAUACUGGGACCUCAGAAGAGUGGCACCACUGCCCUUCAUACAUUCCUCAGUCUCCAUCCUCAGGUGCAGACAAACAGACAGUCAGAGCUCCAUUACGAAGAGGUUCAGUUCUUCUCAGAUGACACUCUCUACCAGCGAGGCAUUCAAUGGUAUAUGGAGCAGUUCCCUUACCCACCAUCUCCCUCUGUUCCCCCCACCAACUCCUCUCUCCCUUCUUCCCCUCCCCCUCCCCCGACCCUCCUCUUUGAGAAGAGUGCCACCUACUUUGUCCAUCCUCAGGCCCCGCAGAGAGCUAAGGCUGUUCUGCCGCAGGCUCAGCUGGUCGUUAUUCUGGCUGACCCUUCUCACAGAGCUUACUCCUGGUACCAGCACCAGAGAGCUCACUCCGACCCAACGGCUGUCCGUUUCUCAUUCUCAGAGGUCAUCAGGGCCUCUCCCUCCUCCCCUCCCCAUCUCUCCUCCCUCUCCCACCACUGCCUCACUCCUGGUCACUACCACCAACACAUCUCUCACUGGCUGGAAUACUAUGACCACAGUCAGUUGCUGCUGAUAGAUGGAGAUGAGUUGGUUGAGAGACCAGCUGCUGUCAUGGACCAACUUCUGGAGUUCCUCAGACUCCCUUUCCACCCCUUCCAGAACAUUCUACAGUAUGACUCUCGUAAAGGGUUCUACUGUGUCGUGGAGAGCAACAGAAGGAAGAAGUGUCUAGGUAAGAGUAAAGGGAGGUCCUACCCUCCAAUGACAGAUGAAGAUCAACAGUGGCUCUCUUCUUACUACGCUCCACACAAUGCCCAGCUGAAAGAGCUCCUAACCAGACUAGGCAGAACUCCACCCAGAUGGCUCAUUUGAUUAACCCUCACCCUCUCGUUUACACCAUUAAUUAUAUCACAGAGAAAUCUAUUUCACAAUCUGCACUGCUCUGCAUUAUCAGAAGAUAUUGAAUUCUUAAUCAGUAUUAAAUUUACCAACGUGAAGCAAUUAAUCAUUGCUCUGUAGGUAUGUGGUUGCGUCGUUAUUCACGAGCUUCGGUGCAUUAUGAAUUCACUCCCUCGUUUAAAAAAUAUAAUAUCUUUCCACAAAAAUAAAUAAACAAUCUGCUUUGGUAUAAAAAAAAUACACCUGUGCACAAUUAAUAAUGACGGGAAAACGGUAAUAAACUGGGCUAAAAACUGACUGCGAGCCAACACACAAAACUAUAGAUCUGGCACCAAAACAAACAAACCUCUACGUUGCCGAGAAUAGACGAUAAAACUCUCAAAUCAUCUACAGAUUUAUAGACCUCUGCUCUCACCACUAUGGAGUCUAUGAAAGCCUCUCUUGGACAAUUCCACGGCCACAAACAGACACGAGUUAUUGGCAAAGGCUCUCACGUAGCAGGGAGCCAGCCCGCGAUAGAGGAGUCUGGCUCCACCCUCUCUCCAUGCCUUCGCGAAACAGUCCCACGAGCUUCUGUACUGUCGCGGCCUCCCGUCAGUUCCAUCGAGUUGGAUCCUAGUCUUCACGAGGUCCACGGGAUAGUUGAUUGUCCAUGUGAUCAUUCCCGUUAGCCCGCCACAGAAGAAAGGGUAAAUCAGUUGCUGUCCCAACUCCUCCCUACUAACACCCUUCCUUCUUGCGAAACAGUUCAUCAGCCCAUAGUACGAAGCGAAAUAAACGGCGAAAGCAGGCGUGUCUCUAAACGCAGUCACCCAGAAGCCCUGAUAGCACCCCCUCACACCUCCUCUCCUGUACACCAGUCUCAGAGUCUCCCAGUUGCCACGAUACACACUAUGCUCUCCAACUGCGGUGUGCUGGGUUAUCAACUUGACCAGUUCCACCGGGGCACACACAAAGCUCUGUACGAACCCGCCAACCAUCCCGGCAAGGAAGCCAAUCUUGACCUCCUUGGACGGCUCUUCUCUGAGGCGGGUCUGGAGGAACCUGUGGGCGAGUCCUUCCACUCCAAACACUAUGGCAUUGAUGGCUCCCUGGGCCAGCACCGGGGGUAGGACUCCCUUGUACAGACCCCUCAUCUGCAGUGGGGGGAUGGGGGACAGUGGUGAUGUAACUGAGAAAUGUUUUAUGUGGUGGAAGACUGGUGUAACUUAACAUUUUUAUAUACUUUAUGGGGUUAGGUAUAGCUCGCGAUAUGUAAGUGAUUUUCUGCAUUAAUUUCUGGCUAUAGUUGUGCGUUAAAUUCUUAUUCUAUCCUUGCACUAGUGAAAUCAGGCUCAUCAUAGUUACUAGGUAUAUACAUAAGUUAUAAUUUAUUAGCUUAUCCCCCGAAUAGUGGUUGCUAUUCAUGUUCCAUCAUCAUGCAUGU